UUCCACUUGAUCAAUCUUUGUUGUGUCAGGGGGGAUCAGGUGUGGUGCCGGGACUACGCCCCACCAGUAACUUAUCUUUUCAUGACAUUUGUGUAGGUUUUAUUUUGCUAAAUGAUUUUGAAUCGAGCAGUCGGAUAUAUUGUUUUUGUUUUUCUAUUUCAUCUCAAUAAGGCGUGAACUUGUAUGAAUUAGUCAACUAUUUAGUCUUGUAUUCUCAUUGUUUAUUCUAGUGUUCAGUAUAUCUAGUCUAGUCUUUAUAGAUGUAGACUUGGGUCUCGAUCUAAUUAGAAGGAUUUAUAGGCCGGUCACGUGUUAAAUUGUGUACUGGAUAUAACAGUUUCCUGGCAAGAAGAACAAUAAAACUGGUGUCAGGAGAAAUUCUUGUUUUGUUAUCAGCUAUUAUAUGACACGAUGGAAUUGCGUAAUUGACUAUAAAAGUGUCUCACAUUGAAUAGUGUUGUGCUUUUUACAGCCAGUGUAUUUCAUUGACCUCAAUGAACCGGAACUCGUUCCAAUCUGACACACCAGUUCCAGAGAGAAUGAAAGAACGUCACCAGACGUCAGAUCGAAUAAGCCACACUGCUGUUGACGGCUAUUCCAGACCCAUGUCUGAGGACCUCUCACGCCACACUAGUCAGCACUACCUACCUGGGCAGAAAGGAGGCUAUACUACCUCUAUAGUGGUGGACGCCCCUGCCAAGCAGACCCCCGUGGUGACCGUUCGACAGAAUCAAGGCCACGUUCCAGCGGCUCACCCGACCCAUGUCAGGGAGAGUUCUAGCCAGCACAGGCAGUCCGGUGGCGUGGUUGGCAAGUUUCCGAGGUCAGUGUCGGAGCCUCAUGAUCAAGAGUCCAUGUAUCCAGCCGUUCUCCAAAAGCGGUACUCAAACAUUUCCGAAGGUAGGCCCCACAAACACCAUACCAUCUCGGUGAGCCACAAACAGCACAACGGCAUCUACAACGGCAUCCAGGAGCACCCCACCCACCCUCACAUUAGUCAUGCUCGUGAAGACCUCGCCGCCGCCUCUGUUAGAACACUCGAACCAACGCACUUUCGGAAUACUCACUCUAACGGAGAAGCACACACACAAAGCACCCUCCCAGAAGCCGCCCUUUCACCAACCAGCAGGCAAUUCACUACCCAGCCCUCUUUAAGCCUCGUUCCAUCGGCGCCGCCCCUGUUCGCUGGACGAAGGGACGUCAAGGACCCUUCCACUGUUAGUGAAAAACAAAUAGUGAGCGAUAAAGGCACUGUAAGAGGCUUCAAAAACAGGGUGAGGGCUGGAAUCGCCACUUUCUGGACUCAAGCUGAAGAUACGAUUGAAACUUGCUCAUACGGCGGUACCAGACCGGUUAGAAAUUAUCGCUUGCUGGAACAAGGGAAGAUAGUCGUCUACGCCACUAGCAUGUCAGUGGUAAGGGAGACAAGCGAGCGUUGCAAAAUUGUCCGUAGCCUAUUGCAGAACCAUAUGGUAAGGUACGAGGAGAGAGACUUGUAUAUGAGUCGAGACAUCCAGCAAGAAUUGAGGGAGAGGCUGGCCAAGGAUGGGAUCACUGACUUGCGCCUACCUCACGUCUUCGCCGAUGGAAUUCAUUUAGGGGGCUCAGAAGAGUUGGAGAGACUGAACGAAGCCGGCGAACUGAGACACAUUCUGGACGCUUACCAGAAAAUUGUGGUUCGAAUCAUGUGUGACAAGUGUGGAGGCUACAGAUUUGUGCCAUGUGACUUUUGCCACGGAAGUAAAAAAUCCUUGUUACGGAAUCACUUCACUGAAGAGUUCUGUGCCUUACGCUGUAUGCACUGUGAUGACAAUGGGCUCAGGAGAUGUGAUAUGUGCGUUGAUCAACAGGAGUAGUCUCCUUUAAGAUGUCCCCAGUCAUUUGUUAACUUAAAUAGCUUUUUAUGACCUCAAGAAAUUUUUUAUUUUUUUUCAACAAAAAGGGAAACAAAUAUUAAAUGUAUAUUUUUAGAUGUUAUAAUUAUUU